GAAUGCUGUAAUGGAGUGUUGCACAACAGAGAUCUUGCAAAGACAUGUUGUGACAAUGAAUAUAAAAGAAAAGCAUCACCAAGCGAUGUCUGCUGUGGUGGACGUUUUUACACAAGAACAACAAACUACCAAUGUUGCCAUGGUAACUAUAGACUGGUACAACCGGGUCGAGUGUGUUGCCAAGACAACCGUGGUGCCAUACAUGUUGGUGAUGGAAACGCUUGUUGUGAUGGACAACCAUAUAACAAUAACACCAAGUAUUGUGUAUGUGGUGUAGUGUAUAAUGAUAAUAUCAGGAAAUGUUGCGGUGGUCAGGUGGUAUCACUGGCUCAGACAUGUUGCGGAGGGACUGAGUCGGGCCGCGUGUACACAGAGGAUUCUGGGAAGAAGUGUUGUGGAAAUAAUUAUGUUCCUGUGUCAAGUUUAUGCUGUCAGUCUGGAACGGGCUCUUGGAAGGUAGGUUUUGAAAUUCCUAAGCCUGUCUUACACUACACAACGUUUCUGUGAUCACAGUAGGUAGAAAUUUUGCAUAGUUGAGGGAAAUGACUCGGUGUUUAACAUGAAGUCAGUUUCCUCAAACAUUUCUUACAAAUCCUUCAAAAUUUAGAAUUUACCCAUGAAAAAUUCCUACUGUAAUCACAGAAACUUUGAUAGUGUCAACCAGGCUUCAUAGCAACACAGAGGUUAUAUAAGGAAACAUUGCCAAAUAGAAGCUUAGCGAAACAAUGAAAACAUUUCGUCUUUUCCUUCUACAUCUUGCAGAUCUACAACUACACCUCAGUGAAACAGAGAGAAGAUUCACAUCACGUGUGUUGUGGCAUGAACCGUAUCUCCGCUGGCCUGAGCUGUUGUAACGAUCGUGGAUUCAACUCGAGUUUACAAGUCUGUGCAGACGAGGAGGGCUGUGGUAACGGCACUGUAUGCAACAAGGCAUCUCUAAGUACAGCCAAGUGUAACCGUUGUGAUUUCCGUAAUUCCUUACAUUGUGGUUACACUCAAGGAUACUACACACCAAUCCACCCACCCCUCCCUCCCAAGAUUGCUCCACGUUCACGCAAGUGGUGUCGGGUAAUGCCACAUUACGUCAUCACAAUGAUCAAAACCUAG